GUUACGGCUGCACGUCCGACGGUUAUACGAAGUUCAUCAACUGUUGUGUAUGUGACGAAAACCUGCAGGCCACUAAUAGCCCGAUCAUAUUCGAUAUUCCCGUACAUCCUCACACGAAGCAAUUCUAUCUACAAAAUGUCAAGAAAAUAAUGAAACGAUAUCGGCGAGCGGAGAAAAAGU